AUGAGGAUAGGACCAGAUGGCCUCUCAGGUACCUUGCAGAUCCAGAUCAAGUAUAUUACACUCUUUUGUGGCAUUUAUGUACCUGAAAAUCAUCUCUUGGACAGCAAUGAUAAAAAAAAUAUUAGCACUGGAUGCUAUGCUGUACUCCAGAAAAAGAAAAAGAAAAGGAUCAGAAUAGAGGAAGUGAGAGAAAGAACUCAGAAGAUCUGGGUAGAGCCUUCAGAAGCCUUCCACGGUUGGCACAACCAAGUCUGCAUAAGUAAAAUCCGGCUGGCUACAAUGGCAUGCAAAGCUGGCAUCUACUAUGUACCUGCUGAACCCAAGUUAGCUUUUAUGAUCAAAAUCAGAGGUAUCAAUGGUGUUAGCCCAAAGGUCCAAAAAGUUUUGCAGCUUCUUCGUAUUCACCAAAUAUUCAAUGGCACUUUUGUUAAGCUUAACAAGGCUUCGAUUAACAUGCUGAGGAUUGUGGAACCAUAUAUUGCGUGGGGUUACCCAAACCUGAAGUCUGUGAAUGAUUUGAUUUACAAACGUGGUUAUGGCAAGAUCAAGAAACAGAGAAUUGCCCUGAUGGAUAAUGCCCUUAUUGCAAAAUCUCUUGGUAAAUGUGGAAUUAUCUGCAUGGAAAACUUGAUCCAUGAGAUCUACACUGUUGGCAAGCACUUCAAAGCUGCCAGCAACUUCCUGUGGCCCUUCAAAUCAUCUUCUCCACGAGGCAGAAUGAAGAAAAAGACUACACAUUUUGUGGAAGGUGGAGAUGCUGGUAACAGGGAAGACCAGAUCAACAGGCUUAUUAGAAGAAUGAACUAAAGGUCUCUACCAUGAUUAUUUUUCUAAUGGUCUGUUAAUAAAAAUGCCUGUGACAAAAAA